AUUUUUAUCGGGGUGCAUGCGCGUAGAACAACUUCACGAAAAUGCUAUGAGCCUUGCGAUGUCAAAUAUAAUUGUUCCAAUAUUUUUAGCUUUUUCUUUAAAACGUGUGUGUGUUUCGAGUUUUUUAUAAUAUCAUUCCAUUCUUGAGACAUUGCUGUAACGCGUAAUCUAUGCUCUAAAAACACUACAUGCAGUGUGUUGGUUGGGCAAUCCAUGCCAGUUUUGACUGUUCAUACAUAGUAUAUUGCGAGAUAAGGCCGAAAUACUGCGAUUUUGCAAAUUCUGUGCAGUUCUGUCUGUUGUGUAGUUGGAAUAAUGGCAGAGGACCAGUCUACAGCACCCGUAACCGGCAAUGGUCAGCAUGUUGACCGUUUCCACCGACCGGCAACAGUGAGAUUAUCCCGUCCGUCCCGCACCGUGCAAGACGAACCGAUCCAGCUAAUCAGCAUCGAAUACCAGUACCAUAAUUCACUGAAAGCGCGACGUGCGGUGGACAUGGAGAAGUUCUUGUACCAGUUGGGUCGUCCGGGCCGUUGGCAAGUCGGCCUCUGCCUCCUGCUCUCCAUGUCCUACUUUAUAAUGGCCACCAGCACACUGGCGGCCAUGUUUUUCACCAUGUCGCCGGCGCAGUAUAUCUGUGACAAGGAAGUGUUUAUUCAUGCCACCACUCUCAUGGAGACCGAUUUCAGUAUGACCAAUGUAACCACCAUGGCGCCGCGCUCUACUACUCGCUGGACGCGAAAACCAGUGGCGCGGACAGGUGAACGUCAGUCCAGUUACAGUUAUACGAUGUACCCCGACGACAGGCAGCAGUGUGUCUUGUACGCCAACAGCACAGCUGGAGGGAAAGGUCAAGUGCAGAAAUAUGAAUGUGAUAGCUGGGCGAUUCCCGAUGAUCCCUUCGAAACACGGAGCAUUGUCAAUCAGUUUCAGCUUCUCUGUGGAAAACACUGGAUGGGACCAUUAUCGACAUUUUUUUAUUUUAUCGGAUGUGCUGUCGGUGGUCCGCUUAGUGGCUGGCUGAGCGACCGCUACGGGCGGCGUAUCGUCUUUUUGCUGUCGGUAGCCAUCGCCAUCAUUCUUGGCGUGGGAGCGUCGUUCUCUCCCAAUUACGUCGCUUUCUGUUUGCUCCGUUUCUUUCUCGGUACUGCCAUCCAGGGUAUCCAAGUGUUUUUCUGUCUCCUGACUGAAUGGCUAUCGUGCGAACACCGCGCAAUCUUUUCCACUGCUGCUCAAUGCUUUUGGAGUACUGGAAUGAUGUUUCUGUCGUUGUUGGCUCAUCUGCUAUCAGAAUGGAAAAUUCUACAGCUGGUUAUAGCACUGGGUGGCUUGCUGCUAAUUUUUCCUUACUUUUUUAUAGUAGAAGAAUCACUGCGUUGGUUGCUAGUAAAAAACCGCACGCGUGAAAGCGCGGAAGCAGCCGCGCGUGUUCUGCGAUGGAACAGAAUUGCCCAUGACCUUUCCUGGGAGAUGGAACAUGAACUGCUGCUGAUCGGCGCGAGUUUCCUGAAUAAAGAGGGAAAUGCCAAAAUGUUUGGCCGUCCAUACAGUUUAUUCAAUUGCUUUUGUAUGGGAUUGUUGCGCAAAACCUUUGCUUGCCUUCUUUGUGUGUGGUUUGCUCUGGGAUUUGUUUAUUACGGACUAUCUCUGCCUAUCAAUGGAGCCUUUCCGCAGAUGCCGCUAAAUCUCAUAAUAUGCGCUGCAGCGGAAUUGGUGUUAAACAGUAUCAGUAUUUUCUUGUGUUUUAGGUUAGGCCGCAAAAAGCCGUUGAUGGUGAUGAUGUUUUUCGGGGGACUGAUCUGUAUUUUGAGUCUGAUCAUCCGCGGAAAUGACCAGCAGUCGCACGUUGGCAAAGUCGUGAUGACCUUAGUGGGGCGUGCCUGCAUUUCCGGCAGUAUCGGCAUCGCCAUGGUCUGGACUUGCGAACUCUUUCCCACGGUUAUUCGCUGUUGUGCUCUCGGUGUGUCCAUGGCCGCCUUCCGUUUAGCCGGUGCACUGGCAGCCUUGCUGAUAAUUUUUGAAGAAAAUGGUUUCGAAGAUCUGCCGAUAAUACUUAUCAGUCUAUCCGUUAUGGCCGGCACAUUUGCAGCUUAUCCGUUGCCGGAUUUACUGCACCACCGGUUACCCGACACGUUGCAGGACAUGGAGAAUUUAGCGGGAUCCAGCGAGCUCAGCAACAGCAGCACGCAAACGAAGGACGAAUCGUACAUGCCUUCGCGUCGACAGUCGUCUGCUCAGAAGGCGAUCACGUGCCGAUUCCAGAGCCUUUUCUCCUACAUCGCCACCGGUUCCCCGGAACACAAAGAGGAGACUAAUUGUAAAAACCAUACUGCAGUGACCGAAGACAAGGAUCGCAUGCGGCGACGAUCACGUGCCGAUUCCAAAAUACUGGCGUCAUCCCCCGUUGUGGCACCGGAACAAGUUCCACACAAUCCCGUCAUAGACGAAGAGACUGACCAACCGCGAAGACGGUCCCGUGUGGAAUCGAAGAUAUCAGUACCGCCACCGGUCACCGAGUCCGAGACAGUAAAAAAUCCCGCUGAUGAAAUGCACUUUGCGCACGGUCUAGAUUCCUUACUUAUUCAUCUCGGCACACCCGGACGCUAUCAGAUUAUUCUGUAUAUCAUAUCCUGCGCAUUGUAUUUUGUGAUUUCACCCAACAAUUUGGGGAUGGUAUUUUUUGCAAGUGUUCCAACGGAAUAUCUCUGUUCUGACAGCAGUUUUCAAAAUAUUUUGUCCGUCACCGGCAAAGAUGUGAUAGACAGCAAAGUUUUUGUGGAGCCGGAUGUAAGGCACCAGUGUACCGUGUCGGCAACGUGGAAGGAUCGUAAAGGGCAAAAGCAUACGGAAUAUUCAGCAUGUUCCAACUGGAUUUUUCCCACGGUAGACAACGGAACCGAAGCGUCGACCAUUGUUAGCCAGUACGGUCUGGUGUGCAGCGAGAUAUAUAAAGGAAAUCUUGCGACCACUCUCUAUUUCAUUGGUACCAUUAUCGGUGCACCCUUGUUCGGAUAUUUGGGAGAUCGAUUUGGACGACGGUUAGUUGUCCUGGGAUCCGGAAUCUGCUGUGUAGUUGUUGGCCUGUCGGUAACUGCGUCGCCCAAUUAUAUCGCAUUUGCAAUACUGAGAUUUCUUUUGGGAAUAGUUGUCCAGGGAAUUCAAGUGUUUUAUGUGCUGAUUAUGGAAUGGUUGGCCAAGCAGUAUCGUGCUCUGUAUGGAACGCUGUCCGAAUGUUUCUGGGGAGGAGGGGUUAUAAUUUUAGCGCUGUGGGGAUAUGUGUUCCCCAGCUGGAAAGCCAUUCAAAUUGCUAUCGCUCUGACCGGUGCUGUAAUACUUGUACCACAAUUUUUCUUGAUGAAAGAAUCUCUGCGAUGGCUCUUGGUGGCGGGAAAAAACGAUGACGCAUCGAAAGCAUGCGUCCAAGUCCUGGCUUUUAACGGGAAAAAACUGGACAUACAGGGCCAACUGCAUCUGGAAAAUCAGCUGCAGCUUAUUGGCAAUAAUUUACUGAAACAGGAAGAAAAACUGCAUUAUACUUUUGUCGACUGCUUUCGAACAGCAAAAAUCCGAAAGGUCACCAUUAUCUUAAUGUAUAUUUGGUUUUCCUUGGCGCUGGGAUACUAUGGAUUGUCGUUUUCAUUGGAUCAGAUGGCUGGACACACCGCUCUGAAUCUGCUUAUUGGUGGGCUGCUUGAGAUGAUACCGUAUGCGUUCUGUGCUUUUGCAGUUACAAGAUACGGCCGCAAGUAUCCAUUGAUGGCUUUGAGCAUCGUUUCCGGUAUCUGUUGCAUUGUAAGCGGGGUCAUCCCGGAAGCCGGUGCGGGCGGUAUUGCUCGAACUGUGCUGGCCCAGUUGGGCCGCAUGGCCGUGGCCGGCAGCUUUUGUUCGGUUAUCGUAUGGACCAAUGAGCUGUUUCCCACAGUGAUACGCAGUAACGGGCUGGGAACGGCCAUGUUUGGAUUGCGGUUGGGUGGUGUUCUGAGUCCUCAGAUAGUGUUGUUGGGUCAUUAUACAUUUCGGGAAUUUCCUGUCGUAUGUUUCGGUGUCAGUCUUUUGAUUGGAGCUGUAUUGGCCUUCUUCUUGGAGGAGACAUUGCAUAAGAACAACUUACCGGAUACGAUACAAGACGUGGAACAUGCACCCUCGCGGAAAUGCUCGUCAGCGUCAGUGUCCAGCAUUGAGUUUAAAAAAGACGUCUUCCCGACUCAGACAGUUUCUACUGCAGCCUCAAUUAACGACACCUGCAUCGGCUAAUUAUACGCGCAACAUCUGUGGCACAAUUACACCACCGGAAACCGGAAGGUGUUUGACGACAUAUUACUACACCUCACAGUCAGCUUAUUAUCUUGCAUCGAGCUGCAUCGGACUAAUAAGAUCGACCUGAAACAACUACUUAUUGUAUUUUUGGAUACUUGCACAGCGUAAUCAUUGUUGUUAUCGCUUUCGACAAGGUGUUUAUGAAAUUAUACAUCAUCAAAUUCGGACUAAUCUUGCGCGCAGUCGCAUACUAGCGCAUAUUUUAUGCGGAUUAAUUACCGAUAUAAUAACGCAUUCAGUGUGAUCACAUUCAAUUUAUAAUUCGUGAAAUUAAA